GGAAAGACUCAUCUGUCUUUUCUGCUGGGAGACAUCGUGGGGGGAGGCAUUAUUUCUGAACAAAUGAUCUAAAAGCUAGCAUUGAAUGGACAAACUAAUUACAACCACGACUGUCGGUUCUGCUGGAGGUGUUGGAGGAAGCAGCAGAGCUGAUCUUUCUCUGAGUGCAGGAGGGUCAGGUGAGAGAGCUGCAUCAGGAGGCUCUAACAGCAGCGUUCUGUUCACAUCCAGCAGCUCCUCUGGACCAGGAGGCCUCAGCUUCUCAACUCUAGGAGCUUCCUCCGCUGUGUCCUCCGGUGGAGGGAGGUCAGCGGCUUCGGGGGGCUCAGGGGCAGGGUUUAGGGCUGCCGGUGGAGGGUCCUCCAGCAUGUCCUCUGGUUUUGCGAGUGGCGGCAGAGAAGGAAAAAGGGAAGGGGGUCUAGGUUCGGUGACGGUUUCAACAGUGACGAAGGCCAGCUACGGUCCGGGAGGAUCCGGGGGAACGAAGAGAGGAUUGUCCUCCGCUGUCACUCAUUUACCCACUCCAAAAGAGAGGAAGAACAUGAGCACCAGCAUGGCAGCUGCUCUCUCAGAUGUCUUAUACGAGAGUUCAAGCACAAACUCCUCUCCAGAGUACAACAGGAAAGAGCACGGCUCUUCAAGUGCAACUUCAAGUAGUGCCACCAGAGGGAGAACUCAGAGCAGAGAGAGCGAGAUCAGAGCCAGGCUGCAGAGUGCUUCUCCUCCAGCAAGCUGGACGGAGCUGGAUGACGUGAAGCGCCUGCUGAGAGGAAAGCGCUCCACCGGCACCAGCCCCACUCAGUCCCCUAACAACACGCUGCCCAUCCCCAAGAAGGCCAGCGUGGACACUAGGACCGUGUCCAAGAACCGCAGCACAGACCACUAUGGCAGCAUUUGGUCCGGAGGUGUGAGCAGUAGCUACAGUUACAACACCAACACCCUGUCCUCUCCCUCCACCCUUCACCCGUCAGGAGUUCAGAACAACCUGACACUCGGCUCUCCCUCCAUGAACGAUGGACCAUCUGCUAGCAGCACUGGUCCUGUGUAUGGUGUUCAGAAUAACCUGGCCAGUACCGGUUCUAUGGUCCUCUCUCCAACUGGAACCAACAGACAAAUAGUUUAUGGCGUGCAGAAAGAUGUGUCUGGCACUGGAAUCAGCACCACUACAGUGAGACCCAGCAGUCCCGUUAAUGACGACGCCUCAGGCAAAGACUUCAAGUUUGUGCUGAUAGAGAAGGAGAAUGUUCCCGUCAAGAAGGAGACAGAGCGGCUGGUGAUGACCAAAGACACAGGGAAGCAGUUCAUGCCUGCACCAGCUCGGGCUUCUGCUACCUACUCUGGGGACUCCCUAAAGAGAGAGAAGCAGAGGCUGUCAUCCAGCAGACUGGAUGGAGGACCAGAUGCUAAAUUUUCAACCCUAAAAGUUGCAACAAAAGACAAAGCCACCUAUGCAGAGAUCGGCAAUGAUGAGUCAGGCUUUAGCUUCUGCUCCUGCUGCAGCUGGUGGAAGUGGCUGCUCGGCCUCCUCCUCAGCCUGCUCCUCCUCCUCGGCGUCCUCUUUGGACUCAUCGCUUUGGGUGAAGAGGUGAAACGGCUCAGGAACCGCGUCGAUGCUCUCGAAGCCAUCACUGGCACUGCGUCGGCCAGGUCCAGCCGACUGUCGGCCUCCUCUGGCAUCAACAUCAUCGACCCGCUGGACUCGUCAUACAUGGGCAGCAGUUCUUCCGGGGCCACCCUGACCCGCUCUGACAACGGAAUCAACCUGGGGGCUGCUGGGCCUGGUGGAGGUGCAGGAAGUGGACCGGGACAGGACAGCGCUGCCCUGCAGAGAGCCGUUCAGCAGCUGGUCAGGGCCGAACUCCGCUCGGAUGUGGUAAGAGAUACACUUACAUACUCACUAAAAGGGGAGAGAGGAGAUGCAGGACCUAAAGGUGAUCUAGGGCUGCUAGGACAAAAAGGAGACGGCGGAUUUCCUGGCCUGCCAGGCCCCUCUGGGCAGACGGGACACCCAGGAUUGGAUGGACCGAGAGGACCAAAGGGUAGUGAAGGUGAACCAGGUUCCGAGGGACCACCAGGUCAGCGAGGCCGGGACGGGCCGAUGGGCCCCCGUGGAGAAGCCGGACCACCAGGCUUUGGAGAGAAAGGAGACAAAGGAUCUCAAGGCGAGGAAGGGCGUUCAGGUCCUGCUGGUCCUGUGGGGCCGAAAGGUGCCAUGGGAGAGCACGGUACCUCAGGAAGCCCCGGCGCUCCAGGUCCAAAGGGUUUCCAGGGUGAAGCGGGAGCACCAGGAGAAAAAGGUGAUCGAGGAACACCAGGGCUGACAGGAACCAAAGGAGAACAUGGAGAGAGGGGACCACGUGGACCAGCAGGUGAACCUGGACAAACUGGACCACAAGGACCUGCUGGACCAAAGGGAUCUAAAGGAAUUGCAGGUGACACAGGUUCAAUGGGAAUUCCUGGAGUGAGGGGACAGCCUGGACUUCCUGGAGAUGUUGGUCCCCCAGGUAUGGCUACUACCACCACACAGCAGCACGGCAGUAUGCACAGUUGUCAUGCAGGCAUGCCAGGUCUUUCAGGUGAACCAGGAUCUCCUGGUAAAGUCAUCGCUCCAAGUGGCUCCAAUACUGUGGCAAUCCCCGGACCACCAGGGCCUGCUGGGCCUCAAGGUCCUACUGGAACCCAUGGUCUGUCUGGACCCGUUGGCCCCCCUGGUGUCCCAGGACAACCUGGAUCUAAGGGAGACCGAGGAGAGAAGGGAGAAAAGGGAGAGCAAGGAAAACCUGGUGAGCCUGGUAUCAUGAGUUCAGAAACUGCCAGACUUUCUUCAGCGGUUAGACUGCCUGGCCCACCAGGGCCUCCUGGAGCACCUGGUCCUCAAGGCGCUCCUGGUGGAAUUAAACAAGGUCCUCCAGGACGCAGAGGUCCUUCAGGAGAGCCAGGAGUUGGUUCACCUGGACCUCGAGGAGAGAGAGGGGAACCUGGCAGCUUUGUGCCAACCUCAGAAACCUUUUUUGCUGGACCACCAGGACCCCCAGGCCCGCAGGGUUCAGCAGGCAGCCGAGGACCACAGGGGUACCAAGGUGAACCAGGUCAACCAGGUCUUCCAGGGAGUCCAGGGGAACCGGCUGAUUCUGGAAUGAGUUUCCCAGGUCAGCCUGGACCCAGGGGGCCUCAGGGUCCACCAGGCCCAGAGGGGCCACAAGGACCUAAAGGUGACGCAGUCCCCGGGGUCUCCAAUGGUGGCUCAUUCAGUCCUGGAUCCCCAGGUGCACCUGGACCACCUGGACAACCUGGAAGAAAUGGAAGAGAUGGAAGUGGAUCCGGAUCAACUGAUGUGGGCCAGCACAUAGCAGAGUACCUUCAGAGUGAUAGCAUCAGGCAGUAUCUGGUUGGACCUCCUGGUCCUCCAGGGGCCCCGGGGACUGCAGGGGACAGGCCGGUGGAGGAUUUGGCCAACCAAGUUAUCGCCUACAUCCAGACUAAUGAUCAAUUACGUAGCAGAUAUGAUGGGACUCCUGGCCCUCCUGGUCCUCCAGGUUCACCUGGCACAAUCUCUGUCAAUGACGUUAUCAACUUGUUACAACGAGAGGACGUGAGGAGAUACGUGGCUGGAACUCCUGGUCCACCAGGACCUCCUGGAGCUCCAGGUCUCGGCAGCUACAGAGUCAACCCCCAGGAGGUGGCUGAACGUGUCCUGACCCUCAUGAAUGAGAGGGGGGCGGUAGGUGUCCCUGGACCCCCUGGACCCCCUGGGCCUCCUGGAAACUUGUUAUCAAGUGGGUAUCAAGCAGGUCCUCAGGGGCCUCCUGGUUUCCCCGGUAUGCCUGGUCCACAAGGUCCAGCUGGACCAGCAGGUUCACCUGGCCCACCAGGAUUUGGGAACUACAUCAGUUCAGACAUUCGUGACUACCUGCAAAGUGUGGCCUUCAAAGACCAACCAGGCCCCUCUAGACCCAAGGGCACCCCUGGUCAAACCCACGGCCUGGUUUCCUAUGCUGAGCAUGUAAACAGAGAGACACUGAAAGCACAAAAACAAUAUGUCAAGAGUGACGGUGUGAGUGAAGCUAUGUUUGGUCUUCCUGGGACGCCAGGCCCUCCAGGACCCCCAGGACACAAGGGAGAGGCAGGUGUAACUAGCGCCAGAGACCGCAACCUGGAUACUGGAGACUACGCCAAUAUGGCUGUCAGAGUAACCGAUUACAUCAAAUCCCACGGUCUGCUCCGAGAUGUUGUGAGGGACUCUGAACGUCUAGUGCAGGGACCUCCAGGACCUCCUGGACCUCCUGGAAUGCCUGGACACAACCAAUGGGUUGGUUCUCGUGAAAACAUUGUGGAUGUGGUGGAAUACAUCAAAUCCCGCGGUCUUCUGCACGACAUCGUGAGCGAAUACAACAGUCGUGUUUUCCAAGGACCUCCGGGACCGCCUGGCCCCGCAGGUCCCCCUGGAUACAGCCAGGGGUUUGGUUCCCAUGGAAACACCACAAAUCUGUUGGAAUACAUCAAAUCUCACGGUCUGCUGCGCGAUUUUGAUCGGAACCACAAUGAACGGGCCAUCCAAGGGCCGCCGGGACCACCUGGCCCCCCAGGUCACCCUGGAUACAGCCGACUGAUUGGUUCCCACGCAAAUGUCACUGAUUUAGUGGAAUAUGUCAAAACACACGGAGCCAUUGUAGGGUCGCCGGGGAGACCAGGACACAAAGGGGACCUGGGAUACCCGGGGCCAAAAGGAGAGAGAGGUGAACGAGGCCAUCCUGGGCUAGAAUGA